AGAGAGAGAGACACUGCUAGAAGAGGUCUCAGGGAGAGAGACACUGCUUGGAGAGGUCUCAGGGAGAGAGACACUGCUAGGAGAGGUCUCAGAGAGAGAGACACUGUUAGGAGAGGUCUCAGAGAGACCGUGCAUCCCGCAAAGGCGGAGGUGUUGCUAACAUUUACGAUAGCAAAUUUCAAUUUACCCCCAAAAAUUACGUUUUCGUCUUUUGAGCUUCUAGUCAUGAAAUCUAUGCAGCCUACUCAAUCACUUUUUAUAGCUACUGUUUACAGGCCUCCUGGGCCAUAUACAGCGUUCCUCACUGAGUUCCCUGAAUUCCUAUCGGACCUUGUAGUCAUAGCAGAUAAUAUUCUAAUUUUUGGUGAUUUUAAUAUUCACAUGGAAAAGUCCACAGACCCACUCCAAAAGGCUUUCGGAGCCAUCAUCGACUCAGUGGGUUUUGUCCAACAUGUCUCUGGACCUACUCACUGCCACAGUCAUACUCUGGACCUAGUUUUGUCCCAUGGAAUAAAUGUUGUAGAUCUUAAUGUUUUUCCUCAUAAUCCUGGACUAUUGAACCACCAUUUUAUUACGUUUGCAAUCGCAACAAAUAAUCUGCUCAGACCCCAACCAAGGAGCAUAAAAAGUUGCGCUAUAAAUUCUCAGACAACACAAAGAUUCCUUGAUGCCCUUCCAGACUCCUUCUGCCUACCCAAGGACGUUGAGGACAAAAAUCAGUUAACCACCUAACUGAGGAACUCAAUUUAACCUUGCGCAAUACCCUAGAUGCAGUUGCACCCCUAAAAACAUUUGUCAUAAGAAACUAGCUCCCUGGUAUACAGAAAAUACCCGAGCUCUGAAGCAAGCUUCCAGAAAAUUGGAACGGAAAUGGCGCCACACCAAACUGGAAGUCUUCCGACUAGCUUGGAAAGACAGUACCGUGCAGUAUCGAAGAGCCCUCUGCUGCUCGAUCAUCCUAUUUUUCCAACUUAAUUGAGGAAAAUAAGAACAAUCCAACAAUUUUUUUUUUUUCAAAUAUUUUUUAUUGAACACACACAAGACAGGUAUACAAUUCUUAUCUAAACAUAAAAGAGCAGACAGAAACAACAAGACACAGAGUUCUGGGUACAAAACAAAUAUUACAAAACAAAACAAGACAUACAGAACAAGGACAGGUAGAAAGAAAGAGGGUAGGUGUCACCCCCCACUUAUUCCCCCCCUUUAUCCCUCCCCCACUUCUUCCCCCCCUUUAUCCUUUCCCCUUAUUCCCCUCCCGACUGCUCGGGUGGCGGUGCCAGCACAUGCUGCCCAAAGGUGGAUUAAAAUAUUACAAUUGAGAGUGAGUUAAAAAGUACAAAUUCACAGCGCCGAAUGGUCCAAGUAAGAGAGGAAAGGCUGCCAGAUUUGAUCAAAUGUUGAUAGUGUAUUGUUCCGAAUAUAUCUAAUUAUUUCUAAGUGUACAGUGUUUGCCAAUUCGCUGAGCCAUAAUUUGGUAGUGGGCGCUUCCCUCUUUUUCCAAAACAACAAGAUUAGUUUUUUUGCCGAAAUGAGACUAAGAGAUGAGUUGUUUUUGAGGGUUGGUUAAUCCGUUUAGGGAAUCAGACACUCCCAGGAUUAUCAGAAGCGGGUCUGGGUCAAUUGAAGUCUCCAGAACUUCAGAGAGGAUCCUAAAAAUUCCACACCAGUAACCAUACAAGCUAGAGCAUAGGGCAAAGCAGUGGAGAAGUGUACCCUGUGCAGCCUGACAUUUAUCACACAUAGGGGAUGUAUCAGGAAAUAUCCUAUGCAGUUUGGUUUUGGAAUAGUGUAAUCUGUGUAAUACCUUGAAUUGAAUGAGACGAUGUCUGGAGUUAAUGGAGCAGGUGUGGAUAUACUCCAAGCUAUCUUCCCAGUCUGCCACCGAAAUGUCAAUCAGUGGUGAACCAGGUGGAACAAAUCUUCCAGGCAAUCUGGGCGUGCCAGCACCUGGCUCUACUGUUGUCUUUAGACCACAGUGAAAGGAGCAUUUAUAGCACCACAAGACCAAGGAAACUUCAUCUUUGUGAUCAAGGUGACUGUGCAAGUCCAAGCCCUCCACAAAACUGUGAAAGACAGCCGGUAAGCGCCAUAUUGGCCAUGCUUUGCUAGACUGACUUAAGCAGUGCACUGCUAAUGAUACUCUGGAAAACACAGACUCUUAACUAUUAACUUUGAUAGGACUUUUGCAGUAGUAUUUAUAACUUCAAAUGUUGUUUGUGGGGUAUAAAGGAAAAGUAAGACGAGCUAAAUUCAUUGUUGACAAAGAACUUGUUUGAAAUGGUUAAGUAAUUUAAACUUUGUAGAAAUCUUAGUAAACCAAGUUCUUAAUUCAGUAACAAAUGUAUAGUCUAAAAAAUCUUUGGCUAAAAAAUGUAAGAUUUGUCUGCUUAAAACUACUGAUUAGAAAAUAAAUGUAAUGUUUUACUACUAAAAAUAUUUUGAAUGUAUUUGGCUAAAAUGCAAAUUUAGAUAAAAAUAUACUGAUUCUGCUCAUUUGAUUAAAAAUGGUGGGUUUCUAUUUUGGGAAACAUUUGCUUAAAAGUGGAAACCUUGUAUUUUAUAAUGGCAGAAAUGUGUUUAUCUGAGAUGAAUGUGGAUAAUUUUGUGUAUUUAAUUAGGCUGUCAACUCAAAUAAUAACUUGUAUUUGUCAUCUCUUUUUUGAGGUUUUUCACCUGUUUACUGCCAACCAAAGAAUGGUAAAUAAAAGACAAACAACUGAUUCCAUGGCUGUUUAUUGAGUGAAAUCCAGUUAAAAUCUUCAUGUGGAGGGACUGUCCUUUUCAAGUGGGGAAUUGCACAAGAAAGAGGUCAAAUUUGGCAGUGAAAAACCGUGGCUCAAGACUGGAAAAGGACCAGAAAAGUGACCACACGUGUCCAGAGAGACAAGUAAAGACUGUUCCCGCCUGCUGCUGUGAUUGAAAUGGCUGAUUCAUUACUGGUGGAGCAGCUAAAGACCGCAAGGACAUCAGCGAAGCGUCAGUUUUCCCGUCUGGCCAAUAAUGUGCUACGAAUGCAUACAAUAAUGUCAGAAGAGGAGCUCAGAGACAAUUUUAGGAAGCUCACUGCAGAAGCUGGCAAAGUCCUGGAAGCCAACGAUGAUGUAGAGGGGCAAUGUAUUGAAGAAAACUCUGAUGCAGAGGAGUUGAGCGAGCAGCAGAAGUCUGACUUGGUCAAAACAGCCAAUGAGUGUGAGAAAAAACUGCAAGAGCUAAAGGACCUCAUACAAAAGACAUUGUGGGCCAAUUUCGGGGAAUAUGAACUGACACAAGCAAUUACAACAGCAGAGUCACAAUCAGAAAACGUGGGAGCUGUGGACCCAAGUAAAAACCCAGAUGCAUAUCUCUUCAUGAUCGGACAACUAGAGAAACUUGUGAAGGCUGCGAAGGAGGUGCAUAAACAUUGGAAGUGCUGGGCCCCCCCAGCAGAGCAACAACAUUUCCAGAGUCGUAUCAAAGACCUUGAAACUAUCCUGCCAAAUCUCACAAUAAGACGAGCAGACUUUACAGGGGCAUACGUUAGAGGAGAAACCAGCAGAUUGAGUACUACUUCAAACAGUUCUGUGGCCACACCAGCAAUUAAAUUAAAGCCUGCUGCCCUCCCAAAGUUUUCUGGCAUCCGCCGAGAGUUUCACCGGUGGAAAAAAGACUGGGAAGCGCUCCAGAUGCAGGGAGAACCUACUGGAUCCAGAGAGGUUAAAAAGUUCCAACUUCUCGACAGUGUGGAUGAGAAGACCAUACGAGACCUUCACCUGACAACUUACACAACUGCUGAAGAGGUUUUCCGGGUCUUGGAGAACCGCUUUGGAAAUAAGACAACUGUAGCCCUUGAGAUAGUAGAAGAGCUCAGAAGACUCCAAGCAGUUAAAGGUAACCAGCCCAGGAGGAUUGUUGAGCUCAUCCAAUCAGUAGAAAAAGCCCUGGUCGAUCUGAACGAGCUUGGCAAGACCGGUGCUAUAAAGAACCCUCUUGUAACAAAGACAAUAGAGAGUAAACUUCCUGAUGGCCUGAUGAAGGAAUGGCUUCUUCAUGUAGCUGGCAAAGUUGAUGAAGCUGAAGAAGAUAAGCGAUUUGACUACCUCCAAGUUUCUUCAAGGUCAAGAAGCCAUCUAUGAGAAGCUGGACCAACUGAGAGAGGAGGAACCAAAACCGAAAUCUGAACCUCGGCAAGCUCGAACCAGAACCUCCACCCAACUAAGCGACCAGGCUCAAGGAUGUGUGGUCUGCGGAGACUGCAAGCAUAAGAAAAGGCUAUACUUCUGCCAAAAGUUUCGCACGCUUAAGCUGUCAGAGAAAAGAGAUGCUGUCAGGAAGCUGGGAGCCUGCAAAAGAUGCCUGGAGAUUCACAAGGAAGGUGACUAUUGUAAAUCAGAGUUUCUGUGCAGGAGGCCAGACUGCAUAGAACAGCGUGCUGCAGAACACCACUAUUACCUCUGCCCGAGAGCUGGUACAUCCAAAGGGAAUGUUGUCCAGAGGUCCAAUAAUAGCAAAGUGGGAGGUGACACAAGAGAGCGUUAUACCCAAGCCCAAGAAGAGUUCAUUAAAAGUCUCUCACCCGAACUUGCAGAGAAGGGUUGCAAUGCCUUUUGCAACACUAUAGCUAGAACCUCUCUUGUGUCCAACCAACCCAGUCUUCUAGCAGAGAAUGGAAUAGUGGAGUGGCCAGUCAUCAUGAUGCUCUUAGAGGUCACGGCCAAUGCAGGACAAAAAGUUGGGACUUUGAUCGACCUGGCAUCGGAUACAAACUAUAUAACUCAUGAUGCAGCUGAUCGAUUGAACCUUAGAAGUGAAGCCAUAACCCUUGUUGUCCAUGGUGUGGGAGGAAUGAAAGUUCAAGUCACCACAAAACGGUACCUCCUAAAGAUCCGGGUCCGCACAGAGCAAGGCAAUGUCAGAUCCCACCAACUCCUCUGCUAUGGUUUGGACAGCAUUGCAGAGAUUCACAAACAUGUGACAGCCAAAAGACUCCAAAAAUUCUUUUCAGAUGUCCCCCAAAAUGAACUUGUUAGACCAAGACAUAUACAGCUUUUGAUAAGCCAUAAGGAAGGGCGACUGGUCCCACAGAAAAUACGCACUGUUGGGGACCUUGUGCUAUGGGAAGGGCCAUUGGGAAAGACAAUUGCAGGGACACACCCUGGUCUGUUUGAAGAGGCUACAGUUACAGCACACCAGUCCAGAGCGCACUUCACCAGAUCCAUGAGAACAGCAGCAUUGAUGUAUAAAGAACAUAUCUGCGCCAAACCUACCAUCAAGUCUUCUUAUUCUGCUAUUUCCACUCAGGAUUUUAUUGAGUGGUGGAGAUGGGAUAGCAUUGGCGCCCCCUGCACCCCAAAAUGUGGAGGAUGUCGCUGCUGCAGUUGUCAACUUGGUGGCAAAGAAAUUACUCUGGCUGAAGAAAGGGAGCUGGAAGUUGUUAAGGGUGGCCUGACUUAUGUUGGUGCUGAUGACCACAGUGAUAGUCCACACUGGCAUGCAAGGUAUCCAUGGCUCAUUGACCCAUCUACAUUGCCAAACAACAUAAAAGCAGUGGAGGCAACCUUUCUCAGAACAGUGCGACAGCUUGCCAAAGAACCGCAGUGGAAAAAAGCCUAUGGUGCUCAAGUCCACGAAAUGGUUGACCGCCGGGCUGCAAGAAAGCUGACCAAAGAGGAUCUAACCAACUGGAAUGGACCUGUCUGGUAUAUUAGUCAUCUUAUCGCACCAAACCCCCACUCUGUUACAACUCCGGUAAGACUUGUCUGGAACAGCAGUCAGAAGUACAAAUGCCAAAGUCUCAAUGACCUUCUAAUGAAAGGCCCUGACGUUCUAAAUCCGAUUCGAGCUGUCCUCCUCAAGUUCCGCCAAGGCUCCUACGCCGCUCUAGGAGACGUCAGAAAAAUUUACAAUUCUGUGUGGCUCGAGGAGAGGGAAGUCCAUCUACACCGGUUCUUGUGGCAGGAUUUAGAGGGCGAUGAGGUAGAACAAUACGCCAUAACCAGAGUGAAUAAUCGGGGACAAGCCAGCAGGGUGCAUAGCACAACUGGCCAUGAGGGAGACGGCUAACCUGCCUCAAUUCAGCCACCUCACAGAUGAAUGCCAAGUAUUACAUGAGCACAGCUACGUCGAUGACAUCUUGACAUCCCACAACUGCCAUGAAAAACUCAGUCAUCACAAAGAAUGUGAAGCUGAUUCUAAAAGCAGGAGGGUUUGCACUGAAGCCUUGGGUCUUCUCAGGCCAAAAUAAAGGAGAAAGAGAAAAGACAUCACCAAAUAUUGUUGUCCUGCCAAAUCAGCUUAAGGAGGAAGACAACAAGGCGCUCGGUCUCGGCUACAUUGUGGAUGAAGACAUGUUGCAUGUCAUGGUGAGGGUCAACUUCUCCAGGCGGAAGAAAAAGAUGAGACUUGGGCAAGACUUACUGCUAGAAGAAGUACGAGCACAGACACCAGACCCGCUGACAAGACGUGAACUGCUGAGUCAAGUUGCUGGUUUGUACGACCCAGUUGGCCUGACAACGCCAUCAAAGCAAAGAGGGGCUAUCUUGGUCCGAAGGGCAUUCCAAGAGGCAAAAUCAAAGUGCAGCAUGGUCAAGGACACAUGGGACCUUCCCCUGUCGGAUGAGCUCCGCAAAGAUGCAAUUGGAAUUUUUGAGGAGUACGUCCAGCUAAGCAAAGUAAUGUUCCCAAGAGCUCUUACUCCACCAAAGGCAACAACUGAACCAGUCGCUGUCACUUUUUCAGAUGGCAGUGAAAGCUCCUAUGGUGCUGUCCUCUACCUGCGGUGGAACUGCAACAAACAAUUAACAAUUCGACUAGUGGAGUCAAAAGCAAAGCUGACACCACUAGACCAGAAGGGGGAUGCAGUCAAAGCAGAACUUUGCGGUGCAGUCUUUGCAAGCCGCCUGAAAAAGUACUUUGAACAGCAUACCCAGAUCCAGAUAAAAAGGUGGUACCAUUUUUUAGACAGUCAGACUGUUCUUGGAGCUAUCCAGCGAGAAAGCUAUGGAGUUCAGACUUUCUUCGCUAAUAGAAUUGGAGAGAUCCAAGAGAGCACACGGCUACAGGACUGGUGGUGGAUCCCUGGACCAUUAUGCAUAGCCGACAUUAUCACUCGAGGAGCUGGGCCAAAGGAUCUUGAUGCCCAUUCAGAGUGGCAGCAAGGGCCAGAGUUUCUAUAUCUUCCAGAGAGCGAGUGGCCAAUUAUGUCGACAAAAUAUGUGUCUGUGACAGCUCGAGAGAGCAUUAACAAUAUGCAAAAGAAGUCAUUUGUGGCAGCACUCACCAGAGCUCAAGCGAAAAGAAGUCUUCCAAGUCUUGUGGGACGAUUUCCUGCUGGUGCAGCUGUCCUAAACUUGGUGGAUGAGAGGCGCUUUAGUAGCCUAAAGUGUCUAAUCAAGACUGUUGCUUUUAUCUGGAGAGCCGCCAAAAAGUUUAGAUCUGCAACAAAGUCCAUGGAGACCCCAAAGUGGGAGGCGAUUCCCACAAAAGGAGUUAUCACCGCCACAGAACGUCAAGAGGCAAUAAGAGACAUCUAUCUUGCUGCUCAAGAGGGGGUGACGUUCCCAACUACCACUACGGACCGCUUGGUUGUGUACAGAGAGCCAGAAUCUGGGUUACUAGUCUGCGGUGGGAGAAUCCAUGGCUUCAGGGAGGAUGGCGCUGCAGUUCCCCUUCUGCCUUUCAAUGCAUGGGUCUCUACUUUAUUGGCACGGGAGGCGCACGAUGAAGGUCAUGAAGGUGUGGCUGCAACCCUGCUGAAAAUGAGGAGGAAAGCCUGGGUCAUCCAAGGAAGAAAAAUUUCCCAAAAAGUAGUUGAUAACUGCCUUUUCUGCAAAAAGUCAAGAGCAAGAAGGUGCGAACAGGUAAUGGCUGACUUACCUGCUGAAAGAGCCACACCUGCAGCUCCGUUCGAGUUCACUACAGUCGACCUCUUCGGACCGUACCUUGUCAAAGAUGACAUCAAGAAACGGGUCUCAAUGAAAGUGUGGGGUGUCGUCUUCAGCUGUAUGGCCAGCAGGGCAAUUCAUGCAGACCUGGUCAACACAAUGUCGACAGAGAGCUUCUUGAUGGCUUACCAACGCUUUACUGCAUUUAGAGGGCACCCAAGAAAGAUCUGGUCCGACCCGGGGACAAACUUCAUCGGUGCCAAACCUAUCCUAAGAGAGCUGUACCAGUUCCUGGAUGCUCAGAAUAGAACUUCAAUAGAAGAGAUGUCGGCUCAAAAAGGUACCAAAUGGGAGUGGACAAUUCACCCUGCUGACUCACCUCACCGAAAUGGGGCUGCUGAAGCCGCUGUUCGCAUUCUCAAGAAGGCACUGCAGAGCCUGGGCAACAACACUGGCCUUAGCUACAGCGAGCUUCAGACAACACUACAACUUGCUGCAAACCUUGCCAACGAAUGCCCAAUAGAUGCCAGGGUGCAGAGCCAUGAAGAAAGCGUGCAGUAUGUGUCACCCAACACACUUCUCCUGGGCCGGGCCUCUCCAAGCGGUGAGAUCAGAACAUUUGACUUUGCGAACUACCCUUACAAGAGAUGCAGAACCAGGUCAACAAAUUCUGGAGGUCUUGGAGCCAGCUUGCCGGCCCAAACUUAUUUCUGAGAAGUAAAUGGCACACUUCAUAUCGCAACGUUGCUGUCGGAGAUAUUGUCUGGUUGUGUGACCAAAAUGCAGUGAGGGGCCAAUUCAAGCUAGGACGGGUGGUGAGCGUUAAUCCAGAUGCUAAAACACUCAAGUGUUUUAGUACAAUAUCUCUUGACACAAUGAUAAAAAUAAUCAUAGCCUCUAAACCUUCAAGCGGCGUACUGGACCCUAUUCCAACUAAACUACUUAAAGAGCAGCUUCAUGUGCUUGGCCCUCCUAUGUUGAACAUAAUAAUAAUAUAUACAUAAACCGGAUGUGUACCAAACUCACUAAAAGUGGCAGUAAUAAAGCCUCUCUUGAAGAAGCCAAACCGUGACCCAGAAAAUAUAAAAAACUAUCGGCCUAUAUCGAAUCUUCCAUUCCUCUCAAAAAAUUUAGAAAAAGCUGUUGCGCAGCAACUCACUGCCUUCCUGAAGACAAACAAUAUAUACGAAAUGCUUCAGUCUGGUUUUAGACCCCAUCAUAGCACUGAGACUGCACUUGUGAAGGUGGUAAAUGACCUUUUAAUGGCGACAGACCGAGGCUCUGCAUCUGUCCUCGUGCUACUAGACCUUAGUGCUGCCUUUGAUACUGUCGAUCACCACAUUCUUUUGGAGAGAUUGGAAACCCAAAUUGGUCUACAAGGACAAGUUCUGGCCUGGUUUAGAUCUUAUCUGUCAGAAAGAUAUCAGUUUGUCUCUGUGAAUGGUUUGUCCUCUGACAAAUCAACUGUACAUUUCAACUGUACAUUUCGGUGUUCCUCAAGGUUCCGUUUUAGGACCACUAUUGUUUUCACUAUAUAUUUUACCUCUUGGGGAUGUCAUUCGAAAACAUAAUGUUAACUUUCACUGCUAUGCGGAUGACACACAGCUGUACAUUUCAAUGAAACAUGGUGAAGCCCCAAAAUUGCCCUCGCUAGAAGCCUGUGUUUCAGACAUAAGGAAGUGGAUGGCUGAAAACGUUCGACUUUUAAACUCGGACAAAACAGAGAUGCUUGUUCUAGGUCCUGGCUUACUGGUACUCUUUCAUGAUGUCCCUAGGAGGGGUGCGUCACUUGAGUGCGUUGAGUCACUGACGUGAUCUUCCUGUCUGGGUUGGCGUCCCCCCUUGGGUUGUGCCGUGGCGGAGAUCUUUGUGGGCUAUACUCGGCCUUGUCUCAGGAUGGACCUGAGCCCUAGGACCAUGCCGCAGGACGACCUGACAUGAUGACUCCUUGCUGUCCCCAGUCCACCUGGCCGUGCUGCUGCUCUAGUCUCAACUGUUCUGCCUGUGGCUAUGGAACCCUGACCUGUUCACCGGAAGUGCUACCUGUCCCAGACCUGCUGUUUUCAACUCUCUAAUGAUCGGCUAUGAAAAGCCAACUGACAUUUACUCCUGAGGUGCUGCACCCUCGACAACUACUGUGAUUAUUAUUAUUUGACCAUGCUGGUCAUUUAUGAACAUCUUGGCCAUGUUCUGUUAUAAUCUCCACCCGGCACAGCCAGAAGAGGACUGGCCACCCCUCAUAGCCUGGUUCCUCUCUAGGUUUCCUCCUAGGUUUUGGGCUGCAUUGCUUGCUGUUUGGGGUUUUAGGCUGGGUUUCUGUACAGCACUUCGAGAUAUCAGCUGAUGUACGAAGGGCUAUAUAAAUACAUUUGAUUUGAUUUGAUUCAGAGAGAGACACUGCCAGGGCAGGUCUCAAGGAGCAAGACACUGCCAGGGGAGAUCUCAGGGAGAGAGAGUGCAUACAGUACUGGACAAGGGCACAUUAGUGAGAGGCGACAGAGUCCAGUGCGUCAGCUGGCCCACUCACAGCCUCCCCUUAGCCCACUGAUUCCAAAGCAAUCACUCAAGGUGAAACUGGACUGGCCCUUACCCUGGCCCGAGGCUGCUGCACAAUACAGCUGAUCCCACUAAUAUGAAGUGAUUGCACAUACUUGAGUCCACAGACGGAAGCUGUUGGGCGUCAGUAAGGCGGUGAAUUAUGUAAAUGCUCCAAUUAGCUGAAUUCAAUAAUUGGGCAAUUAGUUGAAUGGCACUUUUAGGUAUUCAAGUUGCACAUGUGGGGGUAAACAAGGUGGUUUGUCUAACAGUUACAUUAGUUGUUACAUCCGUUGACCUCUACCCUCUUAUUACGUACCGUAUAAUUCCUUCCUAACCAAGGGGGAUUUUAGACUAUGACUCUAUGGAUUCAGGGGAAAUCCCUACAUGCGAUGUUCAUUUUAGUAACAUAGCAUUUCAUCAGUUGACAAUUUUUUGGUGUCUGACAGACUGUACAGAUCAGACAUGUCUGCCACUGAAGCUUUUAUCGUCCUAUUUUAGGCUUGACAUCUUUUUCUCUCUCUGUCUAUUCCCCUCCCCCUCUUUAUUUUUUUAUUUUUUUAUUUUUUUACCAGGUAAGUUGACUGAGAACACGUUCUCAUUUGCAGCAACGACCUGGGGAGUAGUUACAGGGGAGAGGAGGGGGAUGAAUGAGCCAAUUGUAAACUGGGGAUUAUUAGGUGACCAUGAUGGUUUGAGGGCCAGAUUGGGAAUUUAGCCAGGACACCGGGCUUAACACCCCUACUCUUACGAUAAGUGCCAUGGGAUCUUUAAUGACCUCAGAGAGUCAGGACACCCGUUUAACGUCCCAUCCGAAAGACGGCACCCUACACAGGGCAGUGUCCCCAAUCACUGCCCUGGGGCAUUGGGAUAUUUUUUAGACCAGAGGAAAGAGUGCCUCCUACUGGCCCUCCAACACCACUUCCAGCAGCAUCUGGUCUCCCAUCCAGGGACUGACCAGGACCAACCCUGCUUAGCUUCAGAAGCAAGCCAGCAGUGGUAUGCAGGGUGGUAUGCUGCUGCUCUCUGUAACUCCCUGGCUGGGAAUCCCCAUUUAAGGCAGCCAGUGGAGGCUGCUGAGGGGAGGACAGCUCAUAAUAAUGUCUGGAACGGAGCAAAUGGAAUGGCAUCAAACACAUGGAAACCAUGUUGGAUGUAUUUGAUACCAUUCUAUUAAUUUCGCUCAAGCCAUUACCACGAGUUCUUCCUCCCCAAUGAAGGUGCCACCAGUGAAGACUGGCUAUGGAUUUAUCCAACUCCAGCAUAGGGAAACGAGACAGAUUCUCUAACCCUGUGAGAUGUAUGGGGAUAUAAUCAUCUUAAUUUUAGCCAGGGAUUAAAAUGAAGAGAGGUGUUUGUUGCCUGAGGCUCCUACACGUCAGGUGGGUCUGGCAAACCCCCUUCUCCUUGCUGUCGGCCCUGGUUAGCUACGGCUGCAGUAGAGGGCUCCCUCGGCUCCAAGCCUCUCCUCUCUGUUAGCAUUAAAUCUGCCGUGCUCAGGACUAGGGUCUGGUUCUCUGGUUCUGUAACAUGUGUUGUCACAAGGUAGGCCUCUCUGCCAGACCAGAGACAGAUCCCCCUCUCUCUCUUUCUUGACUGAUAGAGGAGGUUUAGAGGCUGUUUUUUCUGCAGCAGAGACUGUGUGUUAUCAUGCUCGGAGAAAGUCAUCCAUCAUAAGUGCGUGGAGGGACAGAGCCAUGAGGAACGUGGGAAUUGAGCUAGCUGCCAGACCUCCGGGCCUGGAGAAGCAGUGGGGAGAGGCAGGGCGGCUGGACAUCCCUGUCUUCUCAUUAGCCACAAAGAUCAGUCACAUUCAUCAUCAAGACACACAGUAUACAGUAUUUUUACUGUGAUGAUUUCUCUGUUCUGUACAGUAUGUUCUUAUGUGUCUUAUGCCUGUUUUCAAGGGUCUGUUUUAAUGGCCCCAAGUGGAAAUGGACAAUAACAUUUUAGGCCUUUUCACACUGCAUUGUUCUGAGCCCCCGGCUAUCUUAGCCCUGGGCUAGUUUAGCCUGUGUUCACACAAGCAUUUGUUAAACCUGGGCUAAGCUUUAGCCCUGUGGUAAGGAUUCACACUUGUAUUCCAAAGCACUGCACUCUAACAAAUUGUUGUACAUUUAGAGCAAACCUUUUAGUUAGCUACUGUAACUCUAUAUUAGAGUACAGUACUGUAAAGAGCAAUGCAUUAUGAGGGCUCAAUGGCAUUCUGCUACACUGCUGUAGAAUUACAACAAUUUUACAGUAACAUUUUACAGGUGUGCCUUGUAAGAGGCUAUAUUUGUUGCACCCUAUUAGUGAGAAUGCUGUAGCCCACAGAAUGCAGUACCAUACCAUAUUUUUGUAUAUUCAUCCUGUAAAUAUACAGUGGGUGCAUGGUAUUGUUGUGGCUCAUUAACAAAUUUUGAGGUGUGCCUUGUAAGAGGCUAUAAUUGUUGCACCCCUUAGUGAGAGUGCUGUACAAAUUUAAGUGAUAUGGGGUAGUAGUUCCCUAACAAUUAAAUGUAUAGGGGACAGAUUAUGGGACGGAUCAGAGUAGCUGCAAGUCUUGAACCUUUAGUGGUUGGAUAUUAAGCCAUGUCCUUUUUGAUAUGUUUUGCAAUGCAAUCACAGCCAGUUUGGGAGCUUUUGUUUAGGCUUCUAGAAGUACAAGUGAUAUAAAACACCACAUAUUCAUAAAUAGGCUGUAAUAUACAAAUUCCUAGCAGCCAACCUGCUUGUACUAAUCCCAUGUAAUUAUAGUAAAGUACUGUAAAAUAUCAA